GAGUGCAGUACAAAAUUUUACAAAACAGGUAAAAUUGGAAUGUCUUCUAAUUUUGCAGGCGUGUGAUUGAGCCUAGAUUUACUCCUGUGCUGGUGACUGUUGCUGAUAUGAUCACUGAUAUUUAUCAGCCUGUGGUUGGGCAGUCAGCAAUAGUUGAUAAACAGUUCUUGAAACUUCAGGAAGCUAUUGGAAAAGAAAUUGACUAUCAAGAAGAACUACUGGAAGUUCUGGGAAUGAUGGAUACACUGUUUGCUACUUUUACUAAGAAAAAAGAUACCUGUCUGGAAGAGAACAAAAGUAAUGGUGUUACAGAGAUCAUUGAAACAAACAUGAAUUUCUGACACCCAUCACAAAAAAUUGUCACAAUUGUGAACUUGAAAGAUGACCUAUUCUCCUGGUAACUUCUUAUACUAGUGACUUUCAAAAUAAGCUUCUCUGUGUUGAAGUUAUGUCUUUUAAACUGUGUUGCUGAAUAGGCUUGAUUACUGAAGACAGAGGACAUUUUCAGGGUUGUCCAUACAAUAUUUUUCAAACAAUUUAGUUUUAAAGUUUUAUUUCAGAGUUACACAACUUCUUAAGGAUUUAUAUGGCCUGAUUUUCAGUAGCAGCAGGGCUGCAGGGUUGGCUUCUGUGAGAAGCUGCCGGAAGCUUUCUUCAUGUUUGGCAGAACCAGUCCCUGGUGGCUCCACAGAUGGAUGUGCCACUGGCAAAGGCUGGG